AUGGCUCCGAGCAAAGAGACUAUCGAGCCUGCAGACUUUGUCAAGCUUGGUGAGGUUCGACCGAACCACCACCACCACCACCACCACCACCACCACCCCUCACCGACUCGACCCUUGGCGCCAAAGCUAACCUGUACCAUGUUUCUCUCCAGGUGGCGAAGUCGUCCUUGAGGAAGGUCGCAAUAGGUUGCCACGGUAUCGCUGUCGGGUGUGCCCGCGGCUCUUGGAGCGGCGUUGGAGCAAAUCGCAGUUCCAGCGACAUCUCACCUCGCGCGCACACCACAAGAAUCUGCAAUUCGCUACAAAAUUCAGCGACGUCCCAGCCGCCUCGCCGAGCACGCUGCCGUCGUCGCCGUACCGCAUGGUUACGCCUGUGUCGUCGAGGGGGUCGGUCGGCCCUGCUCUUCCUCCCUCGGUGCGAACCUCGCCGACGCGCAGUGACCUCAGAUCGCCCGUAAGGGUAGCUGAUGCAACAGAAGACGUUCGAGCCGAUCUGGCGCUCCGUGGCCUGCCGACGACCGAUGAGUUUGUGUCAAUCUCGACCGUGAGUCCGGACCGACACUUCCCUCUCCCCCCGCCUCGUUUCUUUUCUCCUCUGCCAUCCACCCCCUCCAAUGCCCCGUCCCAAACCCGCUCACACGUGCACUCCAUCGUGAGCCUUUAUCGCUGACAUUGACAUUGUCCCCGAGACAGAACUUGCGCCUCUCAGCCAUGGUCGACGACCCAUUCCGCAUGGCCCUCGAAGUCUUCAUGGCCCGCGUGGUAAGGUCGGCUGGAAAAGAUGCCAACACGACCUCGGGUACUAUGUCGAGCGGAGGAGAAAAGGCCAAGCUCAGGGUGAGGCGCAGUCAAGCAGAUCGUUCUGGGCUGGCUCCGGUUCGGUCCGAGAUGAGCAGGUGCGAUGCGAGGUGGCCCACACGGACGCCCGGAUCGCAAUCAGUGGAGGCUCGACGCCGGCCGAUACUCGACGCGUCUCCAUGUUCGAUCCGCUGA